UCAAGCGCACGUUCGAUCCUGUAACUGAAAUUGGCGUAAGCUCGAGGCGUAAGAAAGUCAAGUAGGAGAAGUGGCGGUGGAGGCGUCGCCAUUGAUGGAAGGCCUGAGCUGCAGUGGCCGGACGGCAGCAUGCCGCCCUUUUUCAGGAGUCCCGGCCAUGGCAGAACUACCCUCAGGAGUGUGGCAGCUGCUACCAAGAAGAAAAGGACUCUUUUUACUGCCGCUGCUGCUGUUGCUUCUGUGUCGACCUCUGACGAGAGAAAGCAAGAAGAUCUGAACUCUCUGGUUUUCAAGCUUUGCAGAGAGGGGCGGCUGAAGCGAGCCGUCCGCUCACUCUUCUGUUUCGGCGCAGCCUCUUCCCCCGCCAGCUACGGCGUCUAUUGCCAGCUCCUGCAGGAAUGCAUCCGCCUCGGAGUCGUGAAAGAAGCUGUCCGCGUCCAUGCCCACAUGGCCUUUUCUGGGUUCCCCACCGAUGUGUACAUGGACAACGUCCUCCUUGACGUUUAUGUCAAAUGCGGUUGCCUUCGCCGCGCCCGCCAAUUGUUCGACCAAAUGCCCCAGAAAGACGUCGUCUCUUGGACCACCAUCAUUUCUGGGUUCGCUGGCAAAGGGCUCCAUGGAGAGGCCUUUUUCUGUUUCAGGGAUAUGCUCCGCUCCGGCGUCUCUGUUAAUGAGUUCUCUCUGACUGCAGUGCUUCGUGCUUGCUCGGAUGCGUUCCUUGUCGGAGAAGGCGCGCAGGUGCAUGGCCUGGUGCUCAAGGCAUCGGCGGCGAUGCCGAGCUUGUGCGUGGAUAACGUUCUGAUAUCGAUGUACGUAAGGUUUGGGGAGGGCGAUUGCGCAGAGCGGGUGUUCAAUUGGAUGCCUGAAAGGGACGUGAUUUCUUGGAACUGCUUGAUGUCCGGAAGGAUAGGUGGAGCGGAGGGGUUUUUUCUCUUCAAUGGAUUGCUUGAAGAUGGUUUGAAGCCCACCGACGUCACCUUUGCGAAUCUUCUUGGCGUCUCUGCGUCUUCCUCGUCUCUGAUUAUGGGGCAGCAAGUCCACGCGCAGAUCGUGAGGUACGGGCUUGAAGGACAUCAGCGAAUAGGGUGUGGAUUGAUUAAUAUGUACUCAAAUGCAGGAAGAUUGGAUCAUGCUCGCCAAGUGUUCGACGGGAUGACUGUGCAGGAUACCAUUUUGUGGACAGGGAUGAUUGACAAGUGUGUCGUGAAUGGUUACCCAGUGUUGGCUAUGGAGCUCUUCAGUAGGAUGCUGCAAGAAGGAAUAUCGAUAGAUCACAUUGCAAUUACCACAAUCCUUAGCUCAUGCAGUUCGGCUGAAUGCCUAGAGAGAGGUAAACACAUUCACUGUUUCUCCAUAAAAAAUGGCCUCGAAGUGAUCACAUUUGUGAAGAACUCACUGGUGACCAUGUAUGCAAAGUGUCAAACUAUGGUUGAUGCCCAAAGAGCCUUCUCUGAGUCCAGCCUAACUGAUGCUGUUUCAUUCAAUGCUUUGAUAUCUGGGCAUGUUCAAGCUGGAAAUUAUGGAGAAGCUCUGGGUGUAUUCUGUCAGAUGCAUCGAGAAGGCCUCCAUUGUAAUCAUAUCUCUCUCACUGGUGCAUUAGGUGCAUGCAGCGGGCAAAUUGGAGAUGCUUGUUUCACUGACAACAGUCUUUUGGGAGCGCAUAUCCAUGCACAUGUUGUUAAGUCAGGCUAUGAGCUGAACUUAUUUGUAGGAAAUACUUUACUCACCAUGUAUGCCCAUUGUGGGAGUCUGGCUUCUGCAGAGAAGGUAUUCGAAAUUGUUGCAUUCCAAAGAGAUGCUGUCUCAUGGAAUGCUCUGAUCUCAAGCUAUGAGAGGUUUGGCAUGGACGAAAAUGCCCUUAAGUUGUUUCAAAGGAUGCAUCAUGCUUGUGUGCCACCUACCAGCCUCACGUUUGUGAUCGUUUUAAGUUCGGCUGCAAAUGUUGCAUCGUUGGAUCAAGGAAAGCAGGUAGCUGCUUGCAUGGAGAAAUCUGGCUUCCUUUCUCAUAAAUCCAUGAGAAAUGCUCUUAUAACCAUGUAUGCAAAGUGUGGAAGGAUAGAUGAUGCAUUCAGGAUAUUUGAUAAUAUGAGAGAUCGAGAUCUUGUCACCUGGAAUGCCAUGAUCACAAGGUUUGCGCAGCAUGGUAUGGGAAAAGCUGCUCUGGACCUCUUCAAUGAUAUGCAGUGUUCAAAUAUAAAUCCUGACUCAAUAACCUUUGUAGGGAUCCUUACAGCUUGCAGCCAUGUUGGCCUGUUAGAGGAAGGCAAGAGAUUUUUCGAGUCCAUGAUUAGAACCCAUAACAUCAAACCCAGAAUGGAGCAUUAUGCAUGUAUGGUAGAUAUUCUUGGUCGCAUGGGACAUCUUGAUGAUGCAGUAAAGUUUAUACAAGAAAUGCCUAUUCCUUCGUCCAGUUUGCAGUGGAGAAUCUUGCUAAGCGCUUGCAGAAAGCACAGGAACUCUAGACUCGGCAAGUUGGCUGCAGAGAAGCUGAUGGAACUGGAACCUGAGGAUGCUUCAAGCUAUGCGCUUCUGUCUAAUAUUUAUGCUUAUGAAGAAAGGUGGGAAGAGAUGGCCAAUUUGAGAAAGAUGAUGAAAACGAAAAAUUUGACAUUGCAGUCUGGCUGUAGCUGGAUAGAGGUGAAAGGAAAGGUUCACACAUUUGAGACGGAAGACAGGUCGCAUACUCAGAUGUUAGAUAUUUACAAUAGGUUGUCUGAGUUGACUAACCUGAUUGAAGAUAAGGGCUAUGUGAAGGACCUAAGCUAUGAUUACCAUAAUGUGGAAGAGGAGCACAAACAUGCCAGUCUUUCUUUUCACAGUGAAAGGUUGGCCAUUGCGUAUGGAGACCUCAGCAUGGCGCCUGGAGCUCCCAUCACCAUUAUCAAGAACCUCCGUAUUUGUGGUGAUUGCCAUACUGCAGCCAAGCUAUUCUCUCAGGUCAUUGAGAGGGAGAUCUUUAUAAGAGAUGGGUACCGUUUCCAUCAUUUCAAAAAUGGUUCAUGUUCAUGCGGGGAUUACUGGUGAGAGAGUUUUCUCACAUGGAUAUGGCUGAUUAUUCUUGGAUACCACCAUUUUUAUGAAGCUUCUUGUUCGAGUUGUAUAUAGGAGAUAUCACAAAGGGAUGAAAGAAAGUUCCCUGCGGCUCAAGGUGGAGGCCAAUCAAGCCUGCCUAGAAAACCAUGGAUGCUCUUGUUUUGUGCACGUUUGAUAGACAUACAUACUUAUGUUGAUCAAUGGUCCAGACAUAGCCAUGAGUUAUGUUGAUGAAUGGCCCAUUUGCUUUCAUGAGAUGUGAGGCCCCCUUGGAUUUUGGGCAGUGUAUAGGAUUUGAGUCCUACCAUACAGGAAGGCAAAUGCAUUAGCCAUCUCCUUUUUAGGGAAAGAUGCUUCCUAAUGCAGGGACCUAAAGAAAUGCAGGGUAAGCGCAUGGCAUCUCAGUACCUCAUCCAUCGCCAUUCAAAUUUGACCAUUUGUUGCGUUGCCAGUUAAAUGACUGGGAAUGAAUGACAGUAAUGUCUUGCAGAUAAAGAAGGAGGCAAAAUCCUCUUGCUCGACUUACAGAAGUCUAGCUUUUUCACUUUAAUAUGCUGAACUCUUCCCAGUUCCAUGCAUCAUCGAUGAAGAAUCGAUGCUUUAUUGUGUCAGAGGUUGGUUCUUGUACGUGUAGAAGCUGAGCAGACUUUCUUUUGUAAAGAUGGUGCAUAAUUCAUGUACAAUUAAAUUGGAGCAAAGUUUUCUCUC